CAUACCUGGAAGUGGAUAUAAACAACUGAAGGCGGAGGCAGUGAGAAGAAAGUAGCAAGAUCCCGGUACCGUUCGAUCUUUCAUCCAACGGGGCGGGGCAGAACUUGGAUCGGAUCUUUUUCUUAUAUUACAUGCAUUCGUCUCCCUGAUUUGGUUUUUUAUACCCUCACAUCACACCACACUCUCUCAUCUGCGCAAUCCCAUGGGGGACUUCAACAGCAACAACAACGAUGCCUUCAUGCGCAACCAAAACGCCGCCGUUCAGGCUCGCACCAAAGCCCAAAACCGUUCCAACGUCCUUCAGCUCAAACUGAUUGGACAGAGUCAUCCGACUGGUCUCACAGCGAACCUGCUGAAGCUCUUCGAGCCUAGGCCUCCCUUGGAAUACAAACCGCCGCCGGAGAAACGGAAAUGUCCACCGUUGACAGGGAUGGCACAAUUUGUGAGCAAAUUUGCUGAGCCUGGGGAUCCAGAAUACGCUCCACCUGUUCCAGAAACCGAAACUCCUGCACAAAAAAGAGCCAGAAUACACAAGCUAAGACUAGAAAAGGGAGCUGCAAAGGCUGCUGAAGAGCUUGAGAAAUAUGAUCCUCAUAAUGAUCCAAAUGUGUCUGGAGAUCCAUACAAGACAUUGUUUGUGGCUAAACUUAGUUACGAGACCACUGAAAGCAGAAUCAAAAGGGAGUUUGAGUCAUAUGGUCCAAUCAAACGGGUUCGAUUAGUUGCUGACAAAGAGACUAAUAAGCCCAAGGGUUAUGCUUUCAUUGAGUUCCUACAUACAAGAGACAUGAAAGCUGCUUACAAACAGGCUGAUGGUAGGAAAAUUGAUGGUAGAAGGGUGCUCGUUGAUGUUGAGCGUGGGAGGACUGUUCCAAAUUGGAGACCUCGUCGUCUGGGUGGUGGGCUUGGUACUACUAGAGUUGGGGGUGAAGAAGUUAAUCAACGGCAUUCUGGGAGGGAGCAACAACAGUCUCGUUCUGAAGAACCAAGAGCACGAGAGGACCGGCAUGGUGAUAGGGACAGGGAAGUAUCACGUGAAAAAGGUAGGGAUAGAGAUAGAGAUCGGGAGCGAUCGCGGGAGCAUUCUCAUGAAAGGGUCAGGGAUCGUGAUUAUAGAGAGGAUAGACAUCACAGAGACAGAGACAGGACAAGAGACAGGGAUAGGGAAAGAGACAGAGAUCGUGGACGUGAUCGAGAUAGGGCACGGGAUCGUGAUAGGGAUAGGGACCGUGAUCGACACCGUGAAAGGGAUAGAGAUUAUGAUGUUGGGGACACUGAUCGACGUUCACGUGAUAGGGAGUCUGAAUAUGAUCGUGUGGAAUCUAAACAUGAGAGGGACCAACAUGGAGAAAGGAACCGUGACUAUGAGCCUGAGGAUGAUCGUGGUAGGCAUAGCCAGUAUGAGCAUGGACGUCGACAUGCUGACCCUGAUCAUGACCCUGAGCAGUAUGACCACUACCAUGGAGAUGACCGUGGUGAUCAUUAUAAUCAGUAUCAUGACCAUGAUAGGAUGGAAGAUGACUACCAUGUAGGGCGUGCAACAUCUGAAUCACAUGAAAAGGAGAAAAGUCAUGGUACAGACCGUGAAUAUCGUCGCUCAGAGAGAUCUCAUUCCCGGGAGUAUGAUUACUAGGAAUUGGCUAUAUUGGUAAUAUUCAUCAUUUGGUUAUGUUUACUUCUGAUCUUGCUGUCCACUCCUGGUCCCCUGGUAAUUGUUGUGUGAUCAUUGCACCAUAAAAAGGGCACAGUAGCCGCUGCUAUCCAUAUUUGAAAACUUGAAUACUGCAUCUUUCGAGUCGUUUGCUUUUGUUUGUGAACGUGGACUUGGACAUCUAGUUUUUGGUAUUUUGUUUUGAGCUUUGUGUUUUCUUCUGACAUUUUAUGAAAUCAACCUAGGAUUUUCUGGUUCAUUUGUUAUGGGAAACAAUUUGUGCGGCUUCCGAGUUUUCUGUGGACUUGGUCAUCAAAUGUUGGUAUAUCUAUCUUUGGAUUUAUGUUGCUUUCUUCUGACAUUUUUGGAAGUGAAAAACAGGAUUUUCUGGUUA